UCUCAACCGGCUCCGGAUGUGAGGCUGACGGAGCGGCGGCAGGCGGACGAUCACGACAGAAUACCAUUACGGUCCACAUACCCUUUUGAGUAGUCGCAAUGAGAUGCAGGUUGGCGGCACUGUAGUAGCUAGAGCGCCUACGCGAUACAAUUGCGACAUUGUCUAGAAUGCUGUGCCGCCCCUUCUCGUUCUCGUCCACCCCACAUCUCCACGCUGCCCGCUCGGGCGGGAGAUUGCGGCGUGACACAAAUUCAGUACUUACACCAACACUUCAGCAGUACUUCUGAACACUCACCAAAACCGUCAAAUCAGAAAUGGGUGAAGUUUCUGGUGCUGAAGGGCGCAAAUUGCUCGAUCCCAGCGAGCUCGGCACGAAGGAGUACUGGGAGAACUGCUAUACGCGCGAACUCAAGAACCACACCGAAGACCCCGAAGACGAAGGAAUCAACUGGUUCGAAGAAUCCAACGCAGAAGAUGUCGUCCUCAAACUCCUCUCAACCUACGACCUCACCUCAGGCGGCUCUCUCGAUCGCGAAGAAACGCGUUUUCUGGACCUAGGCACUGGUAACGGCCACAUGCUCUUCGCGCUCCGCGAAGAUGAGAAUGAUUGCGGCGAGCGCUGGAUUGGAGAAAUGUGGGGAGUGGAUUACUCGCCUACGAGCAUCCGGCUUGCUGAGCAAAUCAAUGAGCAGAAGAAAGGGGAGUUGGAGAGCGAGGACGAUGAGCAGGGGUAUGGGAAAGUGGAGUUCAAGCAGUGGGAUUUGUUGACGGAGGAUCCAGAGGAGGAGUGGCUGAGGGACGGGUUUGAUGUCGUGCUGGACAAGGGCACUUUCGAUGCGAUUUCACUGAUGCCGAGGACGGAUGGCGAACCGCAUCCUUGUGAGGUUUACAGGGAACGAGUUGUGAAGCUGAUCAAGCCGGGCGACUAUCUUUUCGUCACAUCAUGUAAUUGGACGAAGGAGGAGCUGAUUUCGUGGCUGGUUACGGAUGACAGUGGUUUGCGGUAUCACGAUGAGGCGAAGUAUCCUACAUUCCAAUUUGGUGGCAGAACAGGGCAGAGUGUGGUUACGGUGGUUUUCAAGCGGGAUGGCUUGCUUUCAGGCAUUAUGCGCACUGACACUGCAGCGGUCGAUCACUCAGCAUCGGGGUCAGAGUAGUCUUCUGGCUAUCGCUACGAGAUUUCUGCUGGAUUGCAGCAAGAUGAUCUGCGCUCGGAGCAACAGGAGUAAUUCAUGGCGCUUCCG